AAACUCGAAGGAUUUACGAACAUACACGAAGUGACACGACAAAACUAUACCAUUACCAUCAUUAUUUCUGUUUAAUCACUUAUAUCAGUGACAAAGAUAUUUUUCAUAUAUUUAUAUUAAUUAUUAUUUUAAAAAAAAGACGACUUUUUAAUUCCCGUUAUAAUCUGGUGAUAGAGCAAUGUCAUCAGACAUAAAUAUGCAUACAGAAAAGCCUGAAUCAAGUCCAACUUACGGAGGAUGCGAAGGUCCUGAUGCCAUGUACGUAAAGCUGGUGAGCAGUGAUGGCCAUGAGUUUAUUAUAAAACGUGAGCAUGCUUUAACUAGUGGUACAAUAAAAGCUAUGCUAAGUGGACCCGGACAAUUCGCUGAAAAUGAAGCCAAUGAAGUUAAUUUCCGUGAAAUUCCGUCACAUGUAUUACAAAAAGUGUGCAUGUACUUUACCUACAAAGUACGUUAUACAAACAGCAGUACAGAAAUUCCCGAAUUUCCAAUAGCUCCUGAGGUUGCUAUUGAACUCUUGAUGGCAGGAAAUUUCUUGGACUGUUAAUUAUAUUUAAAUGUUACACAUUAACUUGCUUGUAACACGAAUAACAAUUUAUUUAAAUCUUUGGGCCUUACUACGAUGUAAACGAUUUACAUUUUUAUACCGCCAAUUGAUGUUCGUGUUACUUAAUCUUAACUCAAUUAUAUUUUUUUUCUGAUAGUGCAUACUUUUAUUUUAUUUAUAAUAAACAUAUUAAACAUACAGCUCAAUACAAAUAAGUUAAAUUAGUUAAUAUAGUAAUCGAUUAUAAUGGCAUUUUACAUUUAAUUAUUAAAUCAGUAAUAAUAUUAUUAAUAAAACAUAAACAAUAAUUAUUAUCAAAUA